GGCACCUAGCCCUCCUCCUCGCCAUGCUCUCCCGCCACAGAAGAUGAGCCCCCUCCACAAGAAGAUCCUGAAGACGGUGGACGAGCUGAAAGGCGACCUCUCCGAGCUUUUCAGCCAAUCUCCGGAGGCCAGGCCAAGGACACGAAGGGCGCGCCGUUCAUCGUCUGCUCCAGCUGCUUCACGCUCGUUCAAUUGUCCGCCACGGCUUCGCCGUCACGAGCGCCAAGGUGCGCGACCUGCUCGGCCAUGCUCUUCUACUCCUACCACGACCCGGACAGGAAGAAACCCGUCGACCAGUGCAGCACGGCCGGCCCCUCACCCGCGCGCCACGUCGGCGCGUGGCCGGACCUGUUCUCGUUCAUCGAGGAUUUUGCGGCCCAGUACGGGGCGAGCAGCUACUCCACCACGGAGGACGAGCUGCAUGUGUCGAGGAACUCGUCCUUCAACACCGUCGUCGCGACAGGGGAGGAGACGACGACGCGGCCCAUCCGUGGAGUACAGCUCGGCGAGCGAGCUGCUGCUGCGGCGGCGCUCCCCUAGCCUCUACGAGUACGGGAGCUCCGACAAGAGGUCG